AUGGCUGCAAAGCUGCGAGAGGCGCAGAAGCAGAUCAAGAGGCUCGAGCAGGACAUGCAGAAGCAGCGCAAGCAGCAGGAGUUGCAGCCCGAGAAGGUGCAGCAGGUGGUCGAUCUCUCAGAUGAACAGGGUGACUGUCCUGAUAUGCUGGUUGAUGAUGGUAAGAACUUUGAUGAAGGACAGGCCCGAGCCAGAAUUCACGAGCUGGAGAAGCAGCUGGACAUGGCCAAGGGAGUUGGAGAACACUGGGAUGUGCUGCGGACGGCCAUUCGCACUGAGAAGGAUGAGCUCCAGCAGCGUGUGCAUGCUCACAAGCCCGCCUCGGCCCAGAUGUUUCACAUCAACCGCCAGCUGUUCCAGGAGCCACAGCGAAUCUCCAAGGCGAAGCUGGCGAUACACAAGCAGGAACAGCACAUUCAGGAGCUUCAGAAGCAGUUGCAGAGUGCACAAAAGGAUCUGGCGGAAAGGGAGGCGAAGCAUGAAGAGCUCCGACUACGGCAACUGGAGUUGGCCCAGGCCGCAGUGCAGCCACCAGACGGAGCGGCUCGAGCGCACCCGCAGGAUGCGCCCAUCACCGCGCUGGGAUUGGACUGCACGGCCCUCGGGCGAAUCCUCAAGCAGUUGGGGGCAGGCGAAGCAGCCGAACCCAUGGCCGAGGAGAUCGCCAAGCAGCUACCGACUUUGGUCACAGGAGCGACCAUGGCGGAGCGCUACAUGGUGGACCUGGUGCAGGUGGCGUGCAUGUUCCUGUACCUGAGGAACCAGCUCCUGCCACGACGUCUAUCCGUGAAGCAGAUGUUGCGGUGCUACGUGAACAUCUCAACGCAGUGGGCGUUCCGAUCA